AGGUAUAGGGGACAGGGUGGGGCGAUCACGGCAUAGCCGCCUUUCCCGGCAAACACCUUGUCAGCAAUCACCGCUGAAACUUAAACAAAUCACAAAUCUGGGCGCUGGCACUGUGUGGCUGGGCCCCGCAGCAGCUGUGGACGCGCAGGGGUGCCAGAGGACAGGGUGUCCACCGGAGCUGCUGCGAUGGAGUUGGGGAACAUCUCACAGCCUGCCUACGGCCCUGGCCUUGAGGCACCGGAGAGCAACACACCGGGGCUGGUGGCAAUGGCACACGGUUUCCUGAGGCUGGUGCAGCCCAAUCCCCUGCCCGUAGAAAUGAUUGAUUUUGGGCAGUCCCAGAUCGAGUUCAACCAGGAGGAUCUCAAGGAGCUGCUGCUCUACGAGCUGGGUUUUCUGGUCUGUGCGGCCAUUGGAGUUUUCUUCAUCAUCUUCGUGCCGCUGGUGGGAUGCUGCUUCUGCUGCUGCCGCUGCUGCGGGAACUGCGGGGGCCGCAUGUACCAGAAGCAGAAGCCGGGGAUGGGCUGCCGGCGCCGGGCGCUCUGGGCCUCCGUCCUGCUGGUCUCCGCUUUCCUCCUGGCCGGUGGUGUCUGUGCCUUAAUCAGCAACGCCCGCUUCUCCCAGGCUGUGAACAGCACCUUCCCCAAUGUGAACAACACUCUGGACAACUUCCACACCUACCUGGCCUCAGUUCCCCAGCAAGUUGAUUUUAUCAUUGACAACAGCGACAUCCCGCUGGGCCAUGUCAACAGCAGCCUCCAGGACAUCGGGCCCAACCUGGGCACCAUGAUCACCUCACGCAUCAGGAGCAGCACAGAUGGGGCUCUGGGAUCUCUCCAGAGCCUCUUGCAAGGGAUGGAGAUGCUGGAGGCCACCUUCUACAACAUCAGCAUCGGUCACUCGGACCUCGAGGAGCUGCAGAGCACGUUCGGGCAGCAGCUGAGCCACCUGCGGGACAAACUCAAGCAGACUCUGCAGCGCUGCGGCCCCCCCUGCAACAAUGUGUCCGACAAUGGCCUCGCCUUCACCGCCAACUUCAGCAUGAUCCCCAGUGUGCAGCAGCAGCUGGAGGCACUGCGUCAUGUUUCUAGCUCCAGCAUAGCGACUGAUUUAGAGAAGGUUAACGAAACACUGAACACAAUCCCAGACAAGGUGCAAGAGCAGUCCCAGGAUGUGGUGGCAAAAACACAGGAGCAGCUGGGCUUCAUCAGGCAGGAGAUCAGAAGCUUGCAGGAACAGUUGCCUUUCCAGGAUGUGGAGGAGAAAGUCGGGGCCUUUGUGGGCGAUGCCAUGUUGAUGCUGGAGGAGUACAGGGGGCUGAUCAUCACCUGGGAUGGGCUCAGGUUGAUUGUGUGUGCCCUCCUGUGCUACACAGUACUGCUGGUGGUCCUCUGCAACGUUUUUGGGCUGCUCCUGGGGCCCCUGGGGCUGAAGGAAGAUGUGCUGCCCACAAAGCGCAGUGGCCUCUCCAAUGCUGGCGGGAACUUCUUCAUGGCAGGGGUCGGCUUCAGCUUCAUCUUCUCCUGGCUGCUGAUGCUGCUGGUGAUGAUCAUCUUCUUGCUGGGGGGGAAUGUCUACAUGUUAUUCUGUGAGUCCUGGCGCAACCAGCAGCUCUUCCAGCUCCUGGACACUCCAGGCCUGAUCCCUGGCUUCAACCUCUCAGAGCUGCUGGGCCAGGAGGGUGACGCAACAAACUUCUCAGAGAUAUACAGGCAGUGCCAGGAAGAUGCUUCUCUGUGGAAAAGUCUGCACUUGGACCAGAGCGUGUCCCUGGAUGAGCUCUUGAACAUCAGCCAGUACACAGGAGAGAUCUCCGCAGCUUUUGAGGAGGUGAACAUCACCCUGAGCCCCAUCUCCCUGCUCACCCAGACACAGGAAGAUAUGCUGCUGAAUGCCAGUCAGGCUGGGCAGCCCCCCAACUUCACCCUCACCCUGGAGCAGCUGGAACAGAACAUAACCCAGGGAAGCCUCCCGGAUCUGGCCACAGAGUUGGAGCAGCUGGCAGAAAAAACGGACGUAGAUGUGAAAAUGGAACUGGAAGACAUAGCUCUCGAACUGAGGAAGCUGGACAAGGGGAUGCAGGCAAACUUCUCUGGACCACUGCAAAGCCUGAAGAAGAACAUCCACUCAGUGCAGAGCGGGGCUGCCCAGCUUGAGGGACAGACAAGAACUGCGCUGGACGAAGCAAACAAAACCCAGGAGUUCCUGAAGAGGGAGACUCCUAACAUCAUCAAGAAUGAGACACGGGCCUUCCUGGAGCAGCUAUUGCAUUUCUUUGAGACCUACAUCUCAUGGGCCAAGAGCAGGCUGACAGAAGAUGUGGCACGCUGCAAACCCGUAGCUCAGACCCUGGAUAACGUGGAGGUCAUUGGCUGCGACUACAUCAUGGACUCUGUGAAUGCCUUCUGGUUCAGCCUGGGCUGGUGCACGUUGUUCCUGCUGCCCAGCAUCAUCCUGUCUGUCAGACUCGCCAAGUUUUACCGCCGCAUGGACAUUGCUGACGUGUACAGGAAUGAAGAAUUUGAGAUGCCACCUAUGUUCAACUACUCCAUGAUCCCCAGGCCAUCCACAAGGUAUUAGCCCCUGUCGCCUACAGAUGGAAGAAGAAAUGGAAAGGCCCCCCUAACUUGAAAAAUGUGACUAUUUAUUUUUACAGGGAGCCUGCUUCUUUCCAAGGCUGUGAUUUUUGGUGUCAAAUAAAUGGGAUGUUUGUGUGCACUG